CUCUGCAGAUCCCCGACCUGCCGGGUCCUCCCUGUGCAGCCUGGCGGGAGAGCGGUGGCCCUGAGCUGGAGCUGUGCUCUGGGGUCGCGCCCCCAGCGCCACACCAGACACCGGCCGGCCCCACUCAGCCGGCCGUGGGGACAGCGGUUCGUGCUCCGGCUUCCCUCCUCGGGCUGCAGCAGCCCCACCCCCAUCCGACCCCUUGUGCGUCCCCCUGGCCCAGGUGAGCGGCCUCACUCACCCAGGCGGGUCCCUCAGGACCUGUGCCGCCACCGUGGGAGAUUCCUGCCCCGGACACGUGGUAGACGUCCCGAGGAUGUGCGGGCAGCUUCGAGCUGGCCCCAUCUGCCACGAGGCUCUUCUGUUGUGAGGCCGUGCGCCCUGCCCCCCCGGAAGGCAGCUCUCCAGAAGCCGCAGUGUUUCGACGCCGGAGCUGGCACCCCGCCCGGCCCCAGCGCAGCCCCCCCAGCUGACUCCGCUCGCCCCAGGCCUGGCAGGGAAUCCAGGGGGACACACCGUGUAUGGUCCUCGAUGGGCAAGAUAGCCGCAGAGGCCGUCACAGGGACAUUAGCAAACUUCGUGUGCACACUGUCCACUGGGGGGCAGAGCUGCAUCAGUUUCCCGGGGCCUGCUUGGAUCGCAGCCAUCCACCUGUCCUUGUUGGGAAGGACUAAGGUUUUCCCAGGGGUAUGCGGUCAUGAUGUCUGCGAUUUACUCUCAGACGUUCAGCAGAGAAUACAGGACCUGUGUUCACUCGGAGCGCGACGAGGCAGAUGGCGCGCGCUGGUCGUUCCCGCACCUGGAGCAGGUCGGCAGACGUCUUCUGUGAAGGGUCAGAUAGCGACCGUUCCUGGCCCUGCAGCCCUAAGGCGUCUGUCCCCGCGCAACUCCACUGCGGCAUGUGACCGCAGCCCCGACAGCACAAGGGAACGCGCGUGGCCGAGUUCCGCAGAAGCUGUAUGUGCACAGACCGGCAGCCACCAGGCUGGGUGUUGUCGGGGAGGGGCGCGCGAGAGUCACCCGUCCGGGCGCACGUCCUCCCAGACCCACUGCUGGGGGGAAGCCGGGAGCCCCAGGCAGAAGGAGACCCUGGGAGGCCGCGGAGGGGCCCCGAGCGGCAAGCCCUGCUGCUCGUCUUGGGGUGCUGGAGCGCAGGGUGCGAUGCCCGGCCAGAGGCCACCCCCACGGCACGCACGACGUCCAGGGCUGUCCAUGUCCUCCUCAGCGUGUCGGGUUGUCUUGUCUACGGCCUAAGACACGCCAGGUCGCAUGUGUCUGUAGGAUCUGUAUCCCAGGUUGCCACUGGUUUCUGUUCGGAGGGCGGCGAGCGUGGUCUGUGCCGCUGUCUGGAGGUAGGGGAGGGACGGCUGACUGUCUCCUAACGGGCACGUGGGCUGUUUCUGGCUUCGGGCAUUAUAAAUAAUACUGAGAUAAAUAUGUUUCUGCAUUUAGGGCUGACAGGAUGGGUGCCCAGACACGGAAUGACAGGUGGAGAUGGUGGCGGCAGGCACCCUGCUCUGGGCCCUGCAGGGUGGGCGUCCCAGCGGCACAGUCGGCGGCUGGCCCGGCCUCUCCAUCAGCAGCCAGGUAAUUCGUGUCCCUUUCUGGCUGUGAGAGCAGAUCACCCUGGUCAGGAAGCUCCUGAUGCGUAAGAGUGACCCGUCCAGCCGGACAGGCCAGCCCUGAGCCCCGGGAGGCGAGCCCCGUGAAGGCAGCGAACACCCCGAGGGCCCUUCACCGGUUCCCCAGCCUCUCCGAAGGCCACAAAAUUCACACCCGUGGCCCGCUGCACCCAGGAGGGCAAUGCGGACACCACCCGCCUUCUAGGGAAGCGCUGCAGGCAGAAACCCCACAGGCAACGUCAAGAACUUCCCCAGCAUCCUGGGACUGUCCCAGAGAAAUGCCUUUUCCAAAUGGAAAACCUUCAGGGACCCCCGGCUGAGCGUGGUUCUCAAAGCCCGAUGCCCGGGACCACUUAGGGCCGCGCCCACAGAGCACCUCAGCCCCUGGCCCAGCCUGGAGGGCGUGGGACAGACACCAGGCCAGGGGCCAUGGAGGACACCUGCGGAUGACCCAGGGAGGUGAUGUGGAUCAUCCUUCAUGCUGGCGUCCUGUGAGCCGGGCCAGCAUGUCCCUGCGGGACCCCUGCCAGGCCCGAUCUGAGGGAAGGUGGCCGCCAGCGCUGUGGCAGAGUGGGCAGUAAGGGCCACGCAGCCGGUGGGGCUUUGCUUCCUCCUCCGCCUGCCAGUUGGGGGGUUGUCCUGUGACCAGGCCCACUGCGGUCCUGAGGAGGCUGUAGGCACCGGGGUGCUUCCUGGCCUUGAUUUGCAGCGGCCUCUGUGUCCGUCCCCAGUCUGGACACCAAGUGUGCUCGUCCUUUCCCUGCAAGUGAGUGAGGCCCCAAGACUCACCGCGGACAACGCAGGUCCGGACACAGCCCAGAGACCUCGGCUUCGGGGAGCUGACCCCCGGGCUCCCGAGUCCUGGUGCUCGCAGCAGAAGCUUGUGGCACAGAGGACACUUGGACAUUUGCUCUGGAGCAGGAUCGGCGAGGACAGGGUUCUCAGCCAUGACGGAGGGGUAAAAGGGGUGUCCCCAAGGCCCAGGGAAGCAGUGUUGGACCAGAAAGGGAAUGGACUGAAGACCAGUUCAGACUGGGACCAGCCACAUAGAUGAGGGGCAGACUCCGGUCUCGCGCCCAAGGACACAGCUCUGCUCUGGGUGGGGCCCAUGCCUCCUGGGACCUCUGUGCACUGAGCAUAGAGUUGGUCGUCUCCUGGUGUCCCAAACUCCAGGCUGCCUGUUCCACAAACCCACAAACCACAGGGUCCUCCCCCUGACCGGAGUCCUGCCAGGACCCAGACAGGGCCAGGGGGCCCUGGGGACACUGCUGCUGGGCUUGCCUGCCGUCUCCAUAGGUGUGGGCUUCCCAGGCCUGCAGCCUGAGCCCCACCCCCCUGCCGGUGCCUCCUGCCCGGUGCCCACGUGGAUGCCAGCACCGAGAUCCGCACGAGCUCCCUGUCACACUAUGUGGGCCCCGAGUCCCUGCAGCCACCCCGCGGCCAUCUGGUUCUAACACGUGCGUGUGUCCUGGUGAGCUCGGGCAGCGUCCUGGGAUCAUCUUCACACCGCCGGCAGAGCGCGUCCACUGGGCUCUCGGCACGCAGCUGCGGGUCCCACGCGGCCGAAAAUGGGACUUUCCCAGCAGUGACCUCUGAUGGACUCCGGCUCCGAUCCCUUCACGGCCUUCAGGCCCCAGAGCGCGAGCACGUGCGCAUCUGGGGACACGUUCCAUUUCGGUUUAUCCGAGUUCUGUGGUUUACGCUCCAUGGAGCGCUGCCUCCAUCCCGACCGGCAUUGCACUGGUUCUGGUACCUUCCAGCCACCCUUCUCCCCACCACACGUCCUGUCCUGCUGCUUGUGGAUAAUCUGUUUCCCCCGUAAUAAACUCUGUUCUGACCCAUU